AUGGGCUUGGAUCGGAAAGUCUGGAUUCAAGAGGGUCCUUAUUUUAUGAAACACUAUUCUCAAGCCCUUUCCUCUUGCAAGGAUCCAAUGAAGACAGGGUCAAGUCACGCGAUCGUGUCGACUCCAUUUCGGCUCCUCGACCUCCCCUUCGAAAUUCGCAGCGAAAUCCUCUGCAGGGCUAUUUCGAGCACCGAUAAUUACUGGCUAGACCGUGAAGUCAUCAUUUUUGGAGAAUCGUUAAAGUCGACAUAUUAUAUCCGUGGCCGCACCGUCUGGCGAGACUCAAAUGGCGUGUACAUGAAUCUUUUAACCACGAGCAAACAGAUCUGUGACGAGGUGCAGCAGGUCCUUUUCAGCCGUUUUGCAUUCGACGCUCUCGGAUGGGGAUACACUAUGAGAUACUCUGAUCCUUCAAAAACUCCCAACCGUCUCCCCAAGCAUCGCAUCAUGCACAUCGCCUAUACACCGUACUUCACCGAAUACAUGCGCGAGCAUCGCCAGAGCGUCGAUCUCAUUCUCUCCGGGCUUCCUUUGCUUAGCUCAGUUCGUAUCCUGAUAUCUUGGGCCUGCGCACAACGUUUGGUCAUAUGUGGCGACACUCGAGCUGGCUCUCUACAUAUAGUGGCGGUGGCACGUCUGUUUCGGCAAGUUGGAAAGGUUGCGGUUGUCGGCCAGUCCUUGAUGGGUGAGCAGCAGAAGCAGUUGGUGAUGGAGGCAAGGAAGGAGCUGGAGCAUGAAACGUGGUAUUGGGAGCUUGACCUGGAUUAUCAUCUUUUCAUGCCUUUUCUCACCAGUAGUGUUGAGGAGCAUCUCUGA